AGAGAGAGAGAGAGAGUCAUUUUCCAUACGUGCUGCGUGUACUUUGUUGUACCGCAAAGCUAAAGUUUUCAUUUUUACAGAUCCGGCUUCGGACACUUGAAAAGCCAGACACCUUCGUCAAAUAAAAAUACCUAAAAAGAAGCUUCCGACAAAGCGAUACUGAUACAUACACAGAUAUAUACAAAAAGGAUAGAAAGAGCAUCCAAAAAAAGGUUUUUUUGGGUGUUGGGUUGUUGGGUUUUAAUCCAUCUUUUGUUUCUGUCUCUUCGUUCGGGAAAGAACUGAUGGCGGAUAAGAAAGAACAACCGUCGACGUCGACACCGAAAUCCUCCGCCGGAGCUCCGCCGCGUCCCACUAUAACUCUGCCGCCGCGACCCUUCGGCGAAGUCUUCUUCAACGGUGGCAUAGGGUUCAGCCCUGGCCCCAUGACUCUUGUUUCCAACUUGUUCCCCAGUUCCAACGAGUACAAGUCCUUCUCUCAGCUCCUCGCUGGAGCCAUGGCCUCUCCGGAGGCUGCUUCCGCGGCGGCGCAGCAGAGGCCUGGGAGCUCCGGAGACGGAGGUGGAGGCGGAGGGAAUAGCUCCGGCGACAUGGACCCGAGGUUCAAGCAGAACAGACCGACGGGGUUGAUGAUCACGCAGCCGCCGACAAUGUUCACGGUGCCUCCGGGGCUAAGUCCGGCGACGCUUCUGGAUUCGCCGAGCUUUCUUGGUCUCCUCUCGCCCAUUCAGGGAACGUUCGGAAUGUCUCACCAACAAGCUCUAGCUCAAGUCACUGCUCAGGCUGUUCAAGCCAAUACCCAUCUCCAAACCCAACCCGAAUAUCUUUCCAUGGCUCCUCCAACAUCGUUUGUCGAGCUUCCUUCAGUUUCCACAGCGGUUUCAGAUUCCUCGUUAGCACAGAAGGAAUCCUCUGAACUUUCCAUUUCUGUCCAGGAACAGCGGUCACAGCUGGUAAAUGUUGACAAGCCGGCUACCGAUGGCUACAACUGGCGAAAGUAUGGGCAGAAGCAAGUGAAGGGCAGCGAGUUUCCAAGGAGUUAUUACAAGUGUACGAAUCCCGGGUGUCCUGUCAAGAAAAAGGUCGAGAGGUCACUAGAUGGACAAGCUACCGAAAUUAUCUACAAGGGUCAGCACAAUCAUCAACCUCCCCAAAACAACAAGAGGGGAAACAGGGAUAGUUCAAAUCCAAACGGGAGUUCUGAUACGGCGUCACAGUUUCAAGCUAGCAGCUUUAACAAGACUAGGAGGGAUCAUGAAGCAAGUCAGGCUACGAUGACAGAUCAGAUAUCUGAGGCAAGUGACAGCGAGGAGGUCGGUAAUGCACAAACUGGUGGGGAAGAAAGAGAUGAAGACGAGCCCGAUCCCAAAAGAAGGAGCACUGAAAUCAGGGUUUCUGAGCAUGCUGCUUCACAUAGAACAGUGACAGAACCUAGAAUCAUUGUCCAAACGAAUAGCGAAGUUGACCUUUUAGACGACGGAUAUAGGUGGCGCAAAUACGGGCAGAAAGUCGUCAAAGGAAAUCCUUACCCAAGGAGCUAUUACAAGUGCACGACUCCGGGAUGCAACGUGAGGAAACAUGUGGAAAGGGCAGCAACAGACGCGAAAGCUGUAAUAACAACAUACGAGGGAAAACACAACCACGACAUUCAGUUAAGGCUCGAAAAUUUACAUGCCUCGGCCAACCUAAGUCACCAGCCGAUUGCACGUCUAAGGCUGAAAGAAGAGCAAAGCUUGUGACUUUGGAUCUUGAGGUUGAAAAAAGGGUAGAAAAGGCGAAAACUUUGAUAUGGGAUGAUGCCUUUUAUGUGAUAUUUAGCUCUAGGGAUAUGGUUCUUGUUUGUGAAUUCUUUUGUACACGGAAAACACAAGGGUCGUUUGUGUUUGUAAUGGGAGAAUUAGGUAUAUUUGGAUUUGUAAUUUUAUA